UCUGCUCUUCUCUGCUCUGCACCACUCCGCUACCUUCUCCUUCUGAUACCCGCCGGGCUCUCGUCAAUCGAGGGAAUGGCUUCCAAGAUUCGGCUCUUGUCUUGCUUCAUUGCCUUCGCGGCUCUCGCCUGCCGCCUCCGUUCCUGCGCAUCCGUCGAGCUCCACCGGAAGCUCUCCGGCUGGUCCGACGGCGGCGGCGCGACGUGGUAUGGGCCCCCGAACGGCGCAGGAAGCGACGGUGGUGCGUGCGGGUACCAGGGCGCCGUCGACCAGCCACCGUUCUCGUCCAUGAUCGCCGCGGGCAGCCCGUCCAUCUUCAUGGACGGCAAGGGCUGUGGCUCUUGCUAUCAGGUGAAAUGCACCGGCCACGCGUCGUGCUCCGGCAGCCCGGUGACCGUGGUCCUCACCGACGAGUGCCCCGGCGGGGUGUGCUUGGAGGAACCCGUGCACUUCGACCUCAGCGGGACGGCGUUCAGGGCCAUGGCGAAGACCGGCCAGGCCGACCAGCUCCGCGCCGCCGGCCGCCUCAAAAUCCAGUACACGCGGGUGCCGUGCAACUGGCAGGGGAUGGACAUUGCCCUCAAGGUGGACAGCGGCUCGAAUGCGUACUACCUCGCGUUGCUGAUCGAGUACGAGUCCGGGGACGGCGACCUGCGGGCCGUGGAGCUCAUGCAGAGCGGCGCCGGCGCGGGGUGGGCGCCGAUGCAGCAGUCUUGGGGCGCGGUGUGGAGGUACAACUCCGGCCCCGCGCUGCAGGCGCCCUUCUCGAUCCGCCUCACCUCCGGCUCCGGCAAGACGCUCGUCGCCAGCAACGUCAUCCCCGCCGGAUGGACGCCCGGCGGCACGUACCGCUCGGUCGUGAACUACUGAUGUUUACUCUAAAAUGAAUAUGCGUAGAUGCGCGCGCGCGCCUGCCAGUAUGAAGGCGCGGCUAUAGCUCUGUUUAAGUUUCAAGCUAUGCGUGCCGUGAUGUGCAUGCGUGUGAAUCCGCGCAGUCGUAGAGCCGCCGGAAUGAUGUGCUUGUGUCAGUUUGGGUAUGAAUAAAUGUUUCGAAGGCAGAAGAUAGAGGAGUCGCAUGCAUCGAUUACUCCUCACCGUGCGCCUUCUUAUUGC